CAACACUGUUCCGUGACAGCACAAAAGCUUUGCUUCUAGUGCAAAAUCUCAAACCUUCAGAAAACUAUUGCUCCUCUGUGGACAUACCAUUCUGUAUUUGCUAUUUGGAUGUUAUGGAUAGAAACAGUACAAACCCUCCAAAUGAUAACACAUUGCCAUCAAAAUUUUGGGAUGAGAUACUGAUAGCCUUCACAGUGUCCAUGGUGAUUGGACUUGUGAUUGGAGGGAUCAUCUGGGCAUUGUUCACUUGCUUGUCCCGUCGCAGAGCUAGUGCCCACAUUUCCCAGGGGAGCCCCUCAGCUUUCAGCCGUCGGUCCAGACCCUCCUCCCACGGCCACGCUACCGGCAGGACUGGAUUUUACCGCAAUAGCAGCUGUGAACGUCGGAGCAACCUCAGCCUGGCCAGCCUCACCUUCCAGCGUCAAGCCUCCUUGGAACAGGCCAACUCUUUCCCCAGGAAGUCGAGCUUCCGUGCGUCCACCUUCCACCCUUUUCUGCAGUGUCCUCCCCUCCCUGUGGAGACGAACAGUCAGCUGAUCACCCUCACUCCCACAAAUACCACCACAACGCUUGUGGGAAGCACCACCAACAGCUUGAGUCGACCUGAAUUCCACUGGUCCAACAAUAGCCUCCGCAUCUGCCACUCCACACAAACCCCACCUCCUGCCUAUGAAACCAUCAUAAAAGCUUUCCCAGAAUCCUGAGCUACGUCCUUGCUGCAAACACACGUGCAUUUUAGGAGGAACCUCAAUUAUGUCAAGAAUUUUUUUGUGCAUGAUGAAGAUCUCCGAGAAGUCUCCAGCUGCAGUUGCGGAGAGGAUACCCGCCAAGAGGCGGGUAGCAGUGAUUUCUUGGAGCACAACAUCCCACUGUCUGAGACCACUUGUCUUUGCACCGCUGGCUUUAAUUUACUGCUCUGCUGUAUGCUUUCAUAUUUAUAUUGUUGCAUCUUUAAUUGCAGACAUUGUCUCUUCAUUUUAGAGGGAAAAAUGCUGCUGCAUAAAAACUAGAUCAUUUUGUGGAGAAACAGAUAAUGUUAGGGAUUACUGAUAACACAUCAAUGCAAAUUUCACUGAUUUUUUUUUUUAAAGAAGUUCUAGUUUUACAUGUUUUCACAAAGAUGUUACGUUUUCAAAGAACACCUCUCAUUACCCACCUUCUUCCUGUAACCCCAGAAAAGCUUGUUUCUGAGAAACCUUAGAUCCUGGCUGUGGUUAUAGGCAUCCUGUUCUGCUGAUUUCAAGUGUUCAAGCCAUGUUAGGGCUGCUUCUAUAGAAUUCCCCACAGUGUGGGAAAAUACAGUGAAGUAUAUGAAGCUUCACACAGAAAGGAGUUUUGAACAACAUAUUAAAUGCAUGAUAACAAUUACAAAGAAUUUUCUGCCUGCAGCCAGUAGAAUAGGUAGUCACAUUUUAAUACCCAGUAAGGUUGUAUGGGCAGAACUGCUCGUGUUUCAUUUUUCUAGUUAUGGUUACCCAGAUAAGCAGCAUGAAUGACAACUAUUUUUUAAUUAAGUUUCCUGAUUUGCCAUGGGAUAACUCAUUUCCUUAUUUGAAAUUGUUUUUCUCAAAUUGUACCAAGGUUUAAUUAUUUCUGGCAAAUUAUUCACUAAAAUCUCGUCUUUCACUAAAGCAAGAUUUCAGACAUCUAUGGCUGAAGACUGGGAUUAUAUAAUAAAUUGGAAUAUGAAGAGAAAGAUGAAAUACUUAGUUGAGGCUUACAUAUAUUCUUGACUUUUAUAUGCGUAUCAUGUCAAGCUAACCCCUGGUUUAGUAGAGACUAAUUGCAUUGAUAUGACAGAAUAUUCAGGAUUUGAAAAUAGCACAGACAAAUGGGACCUGAAGUAAGUCUUAUUGCAUCAGUUUCCUGAUAAAUAUUUUAUGUUCAAAUAAAGGGUAAAGAAUUUCCGCAAGUAGAGGAACAGUCCUACUUGUCACUUACAAAUAAGCCAGUUGUUUCUAAAAGGCCUGGGCAACUACCAGCCACAGGACUCUGAUUCUGAGGGGGCUUUUGUAGAGAGUUCUCAUCUCUCUUCUGGGAGGGACAAAGAUUCAACAGCUUUUGAGAAUGGGCAAAAUGCUUAAAAUCUUACUUUCCAGGCUUUCGGAGGCUGGCAGCAUGCAUCCCUUUGCUGAGCUCAGCAUCCCUCAAGAAGCACUGGCAUUGAUUUCUGAAACACAAUAUUCCAGUCCAAUGUUGAACCAUUUGCAAAUAAUGCUAGAAACAUUGAGCUUACAAGCAAUAUUUGAUGUAAAAAAACAUUCCUCGUUGUAAAGGCAAAUUAUUUUGCACAUAUUUACUGACUGGCUUUCGUUGUUUUAUUUUUAGUGCGCAACAUUUUUCCUUCUGAAGAUAUAUGUGUCAUUGCUAGAGGAACAAUCAUUUACAGAGUUUACAGAGCAUUUCACUGCCGACACUGUGGGUUCUAGCACACCAAGGACUUACUGAUCAGACUGUAAAACUGCAUUUGGCUGAUCACAGGCUACAGACUUAAAAUAAUAGUCCUCUUAAGAAAAAAG